UUCCCGCCCAGGAGCAGCCAUUAGGAUGCAGCUAAUUAAAAAGAGUGACACCACCCUUCCACAUCGUGAUGGCGUCUGCCGGCCUUUCUUUUUCUUUCUUCUUUCCUCCCUGUCCCACCACACUGGUGGCCACGCAUUCUCGCCCUUGUGUCUUCUGACCUGCCCCGGGCUCCCCCGCCAUUGUUCGCAUCCCUCGUUUGUCGAACCUGGCUCUUCACUCGUUAUGUUUUGUCUGUUACCGUGACUUGACCGCACGCUAUAAUCCCACAUACUGUUAAUCCUUUAAUACCUCCUGGUCUUUGUUGACUACGCGAGAGGAAGCCCUGUUCCAUCACGAUGAAGCCGGCAACUUAUUUGGCGGCGCUGAUGUCGCUCACGGCGACUGUCGGCGCCGAUCCCACCUGGCCCCAUGUGAACGACAACCUCGAAGAGAUCAUGUUCCAGACUCAGGGGUUCAGGGCCAGACUGUUCACCGAUAACAUCCGACGGUGCGCAAACGAGGCCUCAGGUCCGGGACGCAAGAAUGCCGCCGAGUGGCUGCGCACCGGAUUCCACGACAUCGCAACCGCGAACCGCUACUUCGGCACUGGUGGCAUGGACGCGUCGCUGCAGUACGAGCUAAACAGCGGCGAGAAUGCCGGUCCCGCGUUCGCCUCGACGUUCAAGUUCUUGGGCGGCUUCCUGUCCCCUAGGAGCAGCCUUGCGGAUCUUGUUGCCCUAGGGGUCUAUGCCUCGGUGCGCUCAUGUGGCGGUCAGGCCAUCCCCGUCAAGGCCGGGAGGAAGGAUGCCACCGAGGGCGGUGCGCUUGGUGUUCCGCAGACACAGAACCCGACCCCGACAUUCGUCACCCAGUUUGAUCGCAUGGGCUUCAACCAGGCCGAGAUGAUCCAGCUGGUUGCCUGCGGCCACACCCUCGGAAGCGUCCACACCGAAGAGUUUCCAGACAUCGUUCCUCCUGGCACGGGAGUAAACGGCGCCGUCAGCUUGGACUCUACUGACGCCCAGUUCGACAACAAGGUCGUGACCGAGUAUCUCGAUGGCACCACGCAGAACCCUCUGGUCGUGGGGCCCUCGGUGCAGUUGAAGAAGAACGCCGACGGCCGCGUCUUCGGGGCGGACGGGAACGUGACUAUGAACGCUCUCAGGGACGCUGCCGUGUUCCAGACCACAUGCAGGAACAUUCUGCAGCGCAUGAUUGAGGUUGUGCCCAGCGGUGUCACGCUCACGGAUCCCAUCGUCCCCUACACCAUCAAGCCCGUCGACAUGCAGCUCACCCUGGACGCCACGGGUUCCACGCUGGCGUGGUCUGGAUGGAUCCGCGUCAGGACCACCACGAUCCCGCUGGCAACGAUCCGCAACGUCGUGCUAAACUACAAGGACCGCAACGGCGGCAACAACUGCGGAUCCUGCGCCACCACCCUGACUGUGCAGGGCACUGGCUCUGGCCUCGACGACACUUGGGCCUUCUUCCCCGUCUCUGCCUCGCUGAGCACGAACGCUGGCAUCUCAUCCUUUACCGUCACCGUCAACAAGGUCGACGGCACCUCGACCUCCUUCGACAACAACGGGGCCUCGUACCCCCUGUCGGAUGCCGUCAUGAUCCAGAGGCCCCAGAGCUGCCUGCUCCAGGGUACCGGAGCCCUCACCGUCUCUGCCCUAGUCCGGAACGACCGGGCGGAUCUUCCCGUCAACCUGGGCGUGAGCUACCUGACCGACCAGACCAAUAGUCCCGCCCCGAAGCUGAACACGGACUCGGCUACGAUGACCAAGGGCAACUGCGUUGGAGGCUACACCUUCUUCUCGGCCUCUUACACCAUCGCCGGAGGCAGGAGCUAUGCCGCCAGGCUUGACAUCAACAGCGGCAGUGGUGCUGAUGUUGUCAGUGAUGCUUUCAACCUUGGAGCGGAUCUCGGCGGCACCUGCCAGCCCUUCACAGGAAGCCAGACAUGCGCCAGCGUGACGGUGUCGAGUGUUAUUCCCUCCUCGACCUCCACAUCGACCACUGCCAGCAGCACCACUACAUCGACGACUCCGACUGCGACCCUCGCCCACAGACAGACCAUCAGCGGGUACAAUCUAGUAUCGUGCUGGACCGAAGGAAGUGGCGUCCGUGCUCUCUCGGGCGCGUCGUUUGCCUAUGACGGCAUGACCCUGGAGUCGUGCAUCAAGAACUGCACCGGGUUUGCCUACGCCGGCGCCGAGUACGGGCGCGAGUGCUACUGCGGCAAUACCCUGGCCGAGUCUAGCGCGGCCGCUGACAUGGCCGAUUGCAACAUGCCCUGCUCCGGUAAUCCCUACCAGUACUGCGGAGCGGGCAGCCGCCUGGAGCUGUACAGGAAUGCCUCGCUACCCGCUCCCAGCAGCACCAGCAGAACCUCGACUGCCUCGGGCACCACUACCUUGACGAGCUCGUCUACAGCCCCCACGGGCACCCUUGGGCGCGUCGAUGCUGUAGGAAAGUUUUCGUACCGGGGCUGCUACACCGAAGGAACCGGUGUCAGGGCAUUGGCCGACAAGACAUAUGCCGAUGACGCCAUGACCUUGGAGUCGUGUGCCGCCUCCUGCAGCGCCUACAACUUUUUCGGAACCGAGUAUGGUCGGGAAUGCUACUGCGGAAAUUCCCUCGCUUCGUCGAGUACCAAGGUGUCUGUGGGCGACUGCAGCUUCACCUGCGCUGGCAACCGGUUCCAAUACUGCGGCGCCGGCAACCGUCUCGACGUUUUCGGUGUCGGCAGCUCCGGCGCGGCGUCGUCUUCGACCUCGUCAGCCUCGGGCCAAGCCUCGACAUCCUCUACCACCAGGACGACAUCGUCGAUGGCCACCGCCACCGUCACAACAUCCCGCCCCUCGGCCACGGGUCCGUCGCACCCCGCCACCAUCGCCUCCGGAGGAACCAACUGGAGCUUCUCGGGGUGCCAGACCGAGGCCACGGGCGCGCGCGCCCUGAGCGCCAAGGUCUCGUACAGCGACACCAUGACGCUUGACAUGUGCGCGUCAAGCUGCAGUAGCUACGCCUACUUUGGUGUCGAGUACGGCCGCGAGUGCUACUGCGGUGACAGCUUCGCCGCCGGCUCCGUCGCUGCCAGCGAGGCCGACUGCAACUUCCGCUGCCCCGGCAACGCGGAUCAGUACUGCGGCGCUGGCAACAGGUUGAGCACGUACCACAAGGGAACUGCCCGGAGGUAAAAAAAAAAAGAGGGCUUUGUCUUUUUCUCAACGUUCAGUGUUGGCUAAAGCGAAUAUCAAGGCUUUAGGGUUUCUGAUUGGAUAGCGAG